GUAUAGCUUUAUCCUCCUAUGAUACGGUAUGUUGCAAUAUAGAACGAAAGUAUUCAACUGACAGCACUUGAACCGCCCUAUUUUCAGUACCAAACAAUUUUUUGUAGAAGUCCAUUGCUACCUCACUCAUUUUCUUAAUUUCAGUCACCUCACGACCCUCGGCAUCAAGUCGCCUUGUGAUCUGCUGCUGUUGCGUGUGAACUCUCACCAUUUUAUGAAAAAACACAGUAUUAUAAUCACCUUGUUGAACCCAACUUGCUCUUGAUGUUUGCCUAUAGAAUCGUUCCUCUGCAUGCCAAAUCUUAGCACACUCAGCCCCUAACUUGACUUCCUUCUCAAUCAACUCAAUCGUAAGAUUAUCAAGAACAUCCAACUGUGUACUUUCUAAAGCGAAUUCUAGCCCAGUACGUUCAGAGAUAUCUUAAUACUCUUUCCUAUUAAGUUUACGUAGGCCAGACUUUAAUUUACCAAGCUUUCCAUACAUGAUAUAGUGAGGGUAGCCUUAACUGGAAACUGCCAAGCAUCUUGAAUGAUUGACAGAUAAGAAGGAUCAGAUUGCAAGUACUGGAAGUACUUGAAUGGCUUUGGAAAAGUUGCUAGUUUAGGCGAGGCAUUCAACAAUAGACAACAAUGAUCAGAUACACCAGAAGGAAUAGUAUUGGCUGAGCUAUCUGAGAAUUUCUUCAACCAUGCUUCAUUAACCAAGAGCCUAUCAAUUCUUCUUGCAAUGGGGUUCCCUCUUUUCAGGUUCCACAACGUAAACCAGGCCCCUGUGAUUUUAUGAUCCACAAACUGCAUUUCUUGUAUCCAUAGUUUAAAAUCCUUCACACUCUGAGUAAUUUCCCGGGAGUUGGAAGCCUUAAAAUCACAUAGAACUGCCCACAAAUUGUGACUCUCCUUUAGCCCUAUCAACUCCUAAUAAAGCGUUGCUCGUCCCUUUUCUUUAUUUGGGCUGUAGAUGAACACAAGUGUCACUGCUACUAUCCCCUGAACCAAAACUUUCAAGUAGUUUUCACCCUAAAUGUUGGUAACUAUAAUACUAUGUCUCCAUAAUAGCCAAACAUGACCUAAUUUAUACUAAUUAUAGUUAUUCAGACGACCCCAAGCACUAAAAGUACCUAUAACUAUUUUAGUACUAUUAGCUAUAUCUACUCUGUUUCAAGUAAGCCAACUAUAUCCACCUUAUACUCCUCAGCUGUCAUAAAACAGCUGAACACCCCCUGAUAUUCCAGCUAAAUACAAUCAUUCAUGUCAGAACAGAAGCGUGACAAUCGAUAAUUCAAACCAACACGAACGAACACAAAUUUAACGUGGUUCGCUAACACAAUGUGUGCUAGCUAAUCCAUGGGCAGAGGGAACAAAUUUCACUGAUUUGAGGAGAGUACAGGUUACAAACCAAAUUCCAAACGGACAAACCAAACAAACUAACUUGACUGACCUUACUACAGACUAGGGUGAUGAAGAGUAUUUAUAGAACUCUUCUCCUAAUCCGAAACAGCAAAACCAAACACAUUUUCCCAAACAUACAAGGAAAAGGUCAAACAAAGCCCAAACACAAACCCAACCAGAAUAGGCCCAAAACACAAAACAAACCCAAAUCAAAUUCAAGUCAUAUUCUAACAAUUUACCUUUGCGUUUUCCCCGCCCCUAGCUUUAGGAUGGGAAAGAGGAAGCAUACUCCUAACCUCAGACCGAGAUUGAGUUAAUCUUGCAACCACAUCGAGAUUUUUGCUAACUGCAUGUGCAUACGACCCAUUUCCAGAGCCUUGAGUAUUCUUGGACUUCUGUUCUGUUAAUCACAACUCAGAAACCAUCAUCCUCUUGCUGAGGAGCUACAUGAGGAGUAAUAUUCAGUUGAGAACGUAUCUCGUUACAAAACAGUACACCCUCACUUCUUAAGUGUCAAUCACAAACUUUUCUUUUUCCACUGAAGUCUCAAUAGCCCCUUCCACAUCCUGCCCUGAUCCCGAUUUAUCAUUUUUGGCACAACCUUCAUUUCGCCAAUAAUAUGGGGUUAAUUCUCUAAAUAUUGUUUUUUUAUUUAUUUACCACGAAUAUAGUGGUUUAAAAACUAUUUACAAGAAUAUUGUGUUUUUUGGUAUGUUGAAAGCGCUCAAGCCUUAGACUCAGGCGCGGCUGCUAGGUGUUGUUUUUUCAAUAAAAUCCAGCAGCGGCGCCCGAGACUGGGGCUUUGGCGCUUGAGAAAAAGCAAAAGCGGCAGCGCCCCAGACUGAGGCUUUGUCGCUGCCUUCUUUUCUUCCAUUCCAGCACCACUCCAUCACCAUAUAUACUCCACCUUUCCUUCGGUUCUUCACCACCAAAAAACUGAAAGAAGUUCCGAAAGAAGCUCUGGUGUUGUUGUCUGGUUGCUGGGAAGAUGGCUAAUAAUAGGUAAGAGACGUAUUUAUUUUUUUAAUGUAUUCUUCAUAAUGAUUUUGUCCGGUUAGUAAUUAGUGAGUUUGUUUUUUAUGUAGUGGUUUUAGAAGAUUUGAACAAGCUGUUCGGUGGAAAUCAGAGAAAGUAGAGAACAAUUUAGGUGUCCAUUUCGUUGGUGGUGUAAGUUUUCAGAUGACUAUUCCAUCCAAGGUGAACUAUCAGAAACUUUGUGAUAAUCUAAUUCGGAGAAUACCACGUAGAGACGAAACAGUACAAGAUAGUGUCGUGAUUACAGGUUUCACUUAUUGUCUUCCAGAAUGGCAGAAUGGUGUUUUAUUUCAUUAUGCAAUGCCUAUUGUCGAUGAUGAUAGCUUAAAUGUGCUUUGGAAUUUGAUGGCACAAAAUCCUUAUUUUUUGGGUGCUGAGAUACAUGCUGAGCUCAGUGAGGAUCGGGGUGGAGAGGAAGAAGAUGACACAUGGAGCAUGUCAUCCGAUCAUGACUAUGAUGACGGUGAUGACGGAGAGGAGGAAGACGAUGAUGAGGAGGAGGAGGAGGACGACGACGACGACGACGACAACGGGGAGGAAGGAGAACAACCUAAUUAUCUUCCAUAUUUUUACUUGUAGGGUAAUGAAGAGGACGAGGAAUUAUCAUAUGCUGAUUCAUAUGGCGUAAUUCCAAUGCCUAUUGUUGGUGGUUUUGAUGGAGAAUUCUACAAGGGGCAAAUAUUUCACUCGAAACAAGCUGCACAGGUGGCGAUUAAACACUAUGCACUACAACGCAACGUUCAGUAUAGCGUGGUGGAGUCGUCACCUUCAAUCUGGAAGAUCAGAUGUUUGAUGCACAAGGAGAACAAAUGUCCUUGGAUGGUGCGGUUUGGAUGUCGAGAUAUGGAAGGCGAUUGGAGCGUGAGAAAGGCCGAGUUGGUGCAUACUUGUAGCAGUACGACUCAACCGGCGGAUCAUCGCCAUCUUAAUGUCGACGUUAAAUCUGAGUCCGUGAAACACUUGCUACGUGCUCAACCAAAUUUGAGUGUUCUUACUGUGCAGGCCGAGUUGAAAGAUAAGUUUAAUAUGCAAGUUAUUUACAAGAAGGCUUGGUAUGGGAAACAAAGAGCAUUGGAGAAGUUGCAUGGAAAUUGGGAAGAAUCCUACGAUUUUUUGCAAACAUUCUUGCGGCGGGUGGUCAAGAGAAAAAUGCCAACAUCGGUGAUUGAUUGGGUAAGAGUUCCUUCGACUCAACCAGGUCAUUCGAUAUUUCAGCGAGUAUUUUGGGCUUAUGGACCUUGUAUAGAUGGAUUCAAGAAUUUUCCAGGCGUCAUGGUUGUUGAUGGAACAUUUCUUACUGGGAAGUAUAAAGGAGUGCUACUCAUGGCGAGCUCAUUUGAUGGCCGGAAGAAGAUUUUUCCAAUUGCAUUUGCCAUAGUGGAGAGUGAGAAUACUGAUAGUUGGCCAUGGUUCAUAAGUCAUGUUCAGGGUUUGACUGAUCGAAAUGAUGACUGCAUCAUCCCAGAUAUACAUGCAUGACUCUAUGAAGCCAUGAAUAACAUCGGAAGAGGUUGGGAGUGGAGAUGGUGCAUGCGACACUAUGCAAGCAAUUUGCAAAGGAAUACUAAAAGCAGAAUUAUGUAUAAGCAACUAUUUCGAGUCGGUAAGCCUUAUUCAUUUAAUUUUGUUAUUUAUUUUAUGUAAUUUUGUCAUGAAUUUAUCUAACCCGUGUGGUUGUUUAUUUUGUUAGCCGGAGAAAAACGCUUGGAGAAGUUCGAUCAUCAAGUUGAGCAAUUUAAGAAGGUGGCCACUGAUAGAAAUAUUUUAUGUGAUAACUGGGUCGACCAACAUCAAAUUCAUUGGAUUUUAGCACAUGAUAACUACAAUGGUGGGCGUCGUUGGUAUAUCCUGACAUCCAUCAUGGCAGAAAGCAUCAAUCGAUGAACUCAUGUCGACGGUUCCAUAACUCAAUCGACUCGCUAGCUGCCUGUAUGAACUGUUGGCCACGUGAUGGCCCAUGCUGUCCCUGACGAAGAAAAAUCCUAAUCUCAGUCGCGGAAUGUGGAGGAUGAGGUCGGUCCUGAAUCAUCCCAAACUAUCCGAGCACGCGAUCUGGAUGAUGCCACAUUUGCGAUGAGAAGCAGAUCAGCGGAACUACUGCUCGAAACGUGUCGGACUGGAUCACAGUACCGCUGUAGUCCUGACCUCUAUGAAAGUACGGAUGCCACUGCACACAUGGAUUGGUCACAUAAUUACUCCUAAAUCUAUAAAAAAUCAAUUAAAAC